AUGUUUCUCACAAUACUCUUCACCUUUGCACUCCUGUUCUCCUCCUCUCAAGCUUCAGUGCAAGACUUCUGCGUCGCAGACCUAUCAUUGUCAGAUACUCCUUCAGGUUACCCUUGCAAGAAGCCUUCCACAAUCACCGUGGACGCUUUUGUUUUCUCCGGCUUGGGUGUUGCCGGCAACACUAGCAAUCUCAUCAAAGCAGCCGUGACCCCGGCCUUUGUCGCUCAAUUUCCAAGUGUCAAUGGCCUUGGCCUGUCCAUGGCGAGGUUAGACCUCGCUGUGGGUGGUGUCAUUCCAUUGCACACACACCCUGGAGCAUCAGAGGUCCUACUUGUUACCCAAGGGAGUAUUCUUGCAGGGUUCAUAUCUUCAGCCAAUGCUGUCUAUUAUAAAACUCUUCACAAAGGAGAUAUAAUGGUUUUUCCACAGGGAUUAUUGCACUUCCAAUUGAAUUCAGAGAAAAUACCUGCUCUUGCAUUUGCGAGCUUCAGUAGCCCCAAUCCGGGUCUCCAAAUCACUGAUUUCGCGUUGUUUGCAAACGAUUUGCCUAUUGAAUUGGUGGUGAAGGCCACUUUCCUUGAUAAGGCUCAAGUGAAGAAGCUCAAGGCUAUCCUUGGUGGCACUAAUUGA